AUGGAAUCGAAUACCCCCGUCCCAAAUGGGAUGACGUCAUUCUGGCGGACAGAUCCUCACUUUCUAGACAGCCAUCGAUCGACCGAAUUUCUCCCUCAGGAGUGCGAUAUCGUCGUCAUAGGAGCUGGAUAUGCAGGUGCAUCUGUCGUACACCAUAUCCUUGAUCAAAUCACCCCCGGGUCAAAACCACCUUCGAUUGUGAUUUUGGAGGCUCGACAGGCUUGUUCCGGUGCUACUGGUCGAAAUGGAGGACACAUGAAACCUGAUGUCUAUAAUGGUAUUGCUGGCUUGGCCGCUGAUCAUGGCGUCGAGGCUGCUGCUGAGGUUGCCGCUUUCGAGGCUAAGCAUGUCCCAUUUCUCAAAGAGUUCAUCGAAAAGGAAAAUAUAGACUGUGAAUACACAGUCACAAAGGCUAUCGAUGUUCAACUGUCUCGUGAUCAUAGCGCAAGAAUCAAGGAGGGAUACGAAAAGUUGAUCAAGAUGGGAUGUGAGCCAACGGCAAAGGCAAAAUAUAUCCCCAGCGAUGAGGCAGAGAAGUUCUCUGGAGUCAAAGGGGCACAGGGAUGUUUCACAUAUGAUGCCGGUCACAUUUGGCCAUACAAAUUCGUGCUGCAUCUUCUAGAAAGGGCAAUCGCACAAGGUGUGAAUCUACAGACACACACACCGGUAUCUGCAAUGACACAGUCUACUUCCUCAACAUCGGGCCAUUCCUGGACAGUGAAUACUGCCAGGGGCUCUAUCGCCGCCAAGACAGUGGUUUUAGCGACAAAUGCCUAUACGUCGUCCCUGGCCCCUCAGUAUAAGGACAAGAUUAUCCCUGUCCGAGGAACAUGCAGUCGAAUUAUUGUUCCUCCGGGUAAUACCGCUCCUCGUCUAACAAAUACUUACACCCUGCGCUGGAAUAACUGGAAUUAUGACUACCUUAUCCCUCGCGCUGAUGGGAGUAUAGUCGUUGGUGGUGCUCGCCCGACUUUUAUCAAUGAUCUGGACAGUUGGUACAAUGUCAGUGAUGACAGCUCAGUACUUGAACCUGCCGUUCGAUACUGGGAUGAUUAUAUGCAGCGCAAUUUUGUUGGCUGGGAGAAUAGCCACGCUUAUACAGACAGAGUCUGGACAGGGAUUAUGGGAUAUUCGACAGAUGGACUGCCGCAUGUUGGUCCUAUCCCAGGACAGAAAGAUCAGUAUAUCAUCGCUGGUUUCACGGGACAUGGUAUGCCACAAAUCUUCCUAGCGGCUGAGGGCCUGGCCAAAAUGAUACUUAAUGUUGAUUUUGCACAAACUGGGCUCCCACGGUUGUUCGAGUCUACUCAAUCCCGGCUUGACAGUCGUCAGAACAAGAUAUUUGCUAGCACCCCCGGGAAAGCGCAAGCAAGAUUGCAGUACUCUGACCAUGUGGAGGAACGCUAUACAACUGUGCAGAAUAUGGGGGGUCCAAUCAUUGAAGCAACUCUCGAGCAGACCCGGUUCUAUGCAGAGACGAGCCGCUUGCGGGCUGGGCUUGGGGCUUCUGUAACCCGAACGGGCGAAAACAGCAUCGAGAGAAGCGAUCAAGAGAUUCGUUGGCAAUACAAUGGCCACAAUGACCGCAAUGGCAAACAAGAGGGCAUCGAAAGCCUGACGGAGUCCGAAGAUGACUACGACCUCGAGGAAGGUCAAUCUGAUCUCGAGGAAGAUGAAUUUGGCCCCGAGGGACAGGAGUUUGAGUACGGGGGAGAUUUAUUUGACUAUGAUGGAAAUGUGGUUGGCUAUGAUGACUACCUCGGAGAUCAUUUUGAAAUCGAGGAGACAGGUGAACAUGAGGACUACGACGACUACAUGGGAGACCAUUUUGAAAUCGAUCAUGCAGGUGAAUGGGAGUGUGAAGAGUAA